UUCUGUGCUGUAAACUGCAUGGAUGAAAUGCAGUUCAUCAGUGUCAACCCUUCUACUCAACGAUUCUUGGACGAACAAGGCAGAGAAAGGUUCUUUCACGGCACUAACAUAGUUGUCAAACACUUCCCUUGGCAUCCAAAGCUGGAAGRAUUUGCACCAGAUACGUUUUCUGAACAAGACAUGGAGCUGAUGCAGUCGCUUGGACUGAACGUGGUUCGUUUAGGCUUCAUGUGGCCAGGUGUUGAACCUACACGAGGUCAUUACAAUAAAACGUAUCUUCAGAUUGUAGAGAAGAUGGUGAAUAUGUCAGCAAAGUACGGCAUCUACAUCUUACUAGACAUGCACCAGGAUGUUAUGUCGAGGAAGUUCUGUGURGAGGGUUUUCCAGACUGGGCUGCCAAUCCAGGAAAUGCAAAGAACUUUCCAGAACCACUGCAUGCUCCGUUUGCUUUGGACCCUAAAACUAACUAUCCAACCGAUGARGAUUGUGCAAAGUUCUCCUGGGCAUCGUAUUACAUGUCAGAAGCUGCAAGUGCUGCAUUCCAGAACUUGUACAACAAUACCGAUGGAUUGCGUGACAGUUGGGCAGCUUUCUGGGCCAAAGGAGCUGAAACUUUUCGAGACUAUCCGAGUGUUAUAGGCUACGAACUGAUUAACGAGCCAUGGUCAGGAGACAUCUAUGCUGACCCACUUUUGAUGAUACCUAGGGUUGCAGACCGAAUGAACUUAGCACCCGCUUAUGAGGUUUUGAGUAAAGCCAUUCGCGCCAAGGAUGACAGACAUUGUAUAUUUUUUGAACCAGUGACGUGGGAUGAUUAUGGAGUAGGAUUCGAAGAAGUACCCGGUGGCCCAGAGUAUAAAAACAGAAGCGUUCUUAGCUAUCACUAUUAUAACUUACCAUCAGGACCUGGGGAAAUCAACUUCCUAGUGCGAGAACAUGACUUGAAGAGAUUGAAGUGUGGAGGAAUGUUGACGGAAUUCCAAGCAUCUUAUGGAGAUUUAGAAGCUUCUUUGAAGACAAUGUCCAUUGCAGAUAAACACCUGCAAUCUUGGCUUGGAUGGGAUUACAAGCCAUACUAUYCACCCAAUCGAACUGUUCCUAACAAGAGACCAAGUCUGUGGACUGAAGAUGGACCUAUCUACGCGCAGAAUACAUCCCGUACCUACCCUCAGGCAGUAGCAGGGCACGCAGAGAGUUUCAGCUUUGAUCCAACUACUAAAGAGUUUCACUUGAGUUAUGUGGUCAGCAGCGAGUGUACAUCCAACAAGACAGAGAUCUACUUUAAUCACGAUCAGUACAUGUCAGUUGGUGGGGGUUUCUUGGUGUCCAUCAGUCCUGAAGGAUCUGCCAAAUGGUCCAAUCCUUCCAAGAAUAGGAUCAUCAUCGAGAAUAUUGCAAAGAGUGGAACGAUCAACGUGCAAAUUACACCUGGCCAUUAAGAAGAUCCCUUAUAAUUUCUGUUUUCUCAUAUUGAUCUUUCAUUUCUUUUUCACGUAUAUUUUUCUKAAUUCCAUUUUUGAUGACACCAGAAUAUACCUAGUGUCCUCUUGGAAAAAGAAGACACUUGUCCCUUCCAGAAGUAUCAUCACAGCGGCAGGACUUCAUACAGGCCUUUAAGAAAUCCGACAAUGCUUCAUUUUCCGCGUCUGUCAUCAAAUUUAAUCUUUUGAUCAAUUUCAUUAAAAAAWUUUUUUAAUAAAUAAAUUUGACGUGAAAUGCCCGAUAUAAGGCAUUAUGGGAUUCAUUAAAGGGUACUUUGACUAAAGAACGUAAAACAGGAAAACAGAAGAGAAAAGAAUAGAUUAAAAUCAAUGCCUUUCCA